UUGAUAUUUCGAUAUAUUGUCAACAACCCUACAAAAUUAUUAAAAUUCUCGAAACGCUUGAAAAUAACAAGAUUUCCCCGCAAAUAUGUCUCGCAAGGAAGCCCUCUCACAGUUCAUCAACCAAAUUCACGGCCGCCCCGUUGCCGUCAAGCUGAACAACGGCGUGGACUACCGAGGUGUCUUGGCGUGCCUGGACGGCUACAUGAACAUUUGCCUGGAGCAGACGGAGGAGUAUGUCAACGGGCAGCUGAAGAACAAAUACGGCGACGCCUUCAUCCGCGGCAACAAUGUGUUGUACAUCUCCACGCAGAAGCGGCGAGUCUGAAGUCCUAGAGCUUAAGUUUUUACCCUAAAAAUACAACAGUUUCCACAAAAA